ACGCCUUCAAAUCGACAAAGUAUUGAGCAAGGACGUAUUGACUUCUUUUUUUACAAUUCCACCCAAUGGAAAGUUAUACUCUAUUACACUUUCAAAAAAACGGGCGUAAUUAUUUAAUUAUUAAAUUUUUUUGUUGGGGGGAGGGUUGCAUUUGAAUCAAAUAUCUGACCGGAAGGUCUGUUCCGCCGAACUGAUAUACUGAAUAUUUCUUUCAAGGCCCGUCUGCAACCGGCCUGCUGGGUGUGGUCUAUAUGACUCCAUGUGUCAACCGUUAUUCACAACUUCAUUUUCGUUUCCGAUGCAUUCGUAGCCUUUGGUUAAUUUGAACUCCUCGCUUCCCUUGUUGGGUGAAACAUUUCAACUAAACAUUUCAAUGGAUAAAUUUCUUGUUUGUUUUUCUUCGUGUCGGUCGUAUUGUAAAUUUCAUUGAAUAGCCGUAUAUCUUGUUCACAACAAACGGGAAUUUUCCAUGUCCAUUUUUUACUGACAAAUCCCACAUCAAAUAUAUUAAGCUUUGAAUCCAUUCAAUCAUUUUAUAAUAGACAAUCAAUGUAGAGAAUACGGCACCAAAAAUGUCCAUCCCUUACACUUAAACUAAAAUGCAUUUUACACUUAUUUUAUGUUUUUAGCCAAAAAAAAAAAAAGUCCCAAAUUUAUUACUUUGCCCCCCUCCCUUUCCAAAAUCCUGGAACCGCCCCUGGAAGAGCCAUUCAUUUGGGAUGUAUAGUUAUGUUGCCUCAGUUGUAAUACUUACCCUUAGGCAACUUUGUAAUUUCUGAAAUAUACCUGUCCAGCUCAAAUUUUAAGGAUGUAUGUCUUAAAAGUCUAUGGUAUAGUAACUUAACUUUCGUCCCCUUGGAAAGUUUAUACAGUCGUACCAGCUGAUAUCGUUAAAUACAGAAAUGCGCUUUGGAAGCAUGAGGUUAUUUUGCAUUUUAGAUAUUUUAUCUGUAUCAACUUUGAAUUUUUUUAAUAAUACAAGAGUAUCUCGAUUUUUUUUUUUUUUUAGUUAUGUCAAAAUACAUAGACAGUUUUCAUUUUAUACCAUGCUAAUGAAGGAUUUCUGUUAUUAUGUUUUUUAAUACUGAUAUAUAAUGUGUCAUUUUUUAGUUUAAUAGUCCCCUAAACCAGGGGCGACUGACAUGAUACCGACUCUUCGUAAUUUAACAUAUUUAGGGGAAGCAAGACAUUUCAUAAGUAAGGCGAGUUGGCAGACCUUUAUUCAGUAGGAUUUUAACCCUUUUAAAAAAUAAGGCGAGUUGUCAGCAGUUGUCAGACAAUGGUAUUUAACCCUUUUUCAUAAGUGGGGCGAUUUUUUAGAAAGUGGCGAUGAAGUGUUGGUCGAUUUGCCAGUGUGGCGAGUUGACAUGGUUUCAUAUACAUCGUGUUCGGGGGUAUUAUAUAGUUAUAUAUAAAGUAUAUUAAAAUGGUUGUGUGUCGUUCUUACUAGAUUUCUUACACUAACACGUCGCUUCCCAAUGGGAUUACUAUUAUAUAUAAUUUCUAUGACGUCAGAUCUGUUUACAUUUAAAGGUAAUUUCUUAUUGAGGUCAAUACACUCAUUCAAACAUAUUUCCAGCUAAAUAUAACUUUUGCUUCCGAUUUAUUCUGAAAUACUAGUGAAGAGCUGUCUUCUUCCGACAAUUGUUCUUGUUAAGGUGUGAGAUAUUUUAUAAGCAUGACAAGAUGUUACGACAUUUUGAUUUAUCUUCAACAAGAGCAGUGAUUGACUCGAACGUUCAGAGUAAAAUAGAAAGUGCAGUGAACUCUCAAAAGGUUGAGGAGCUUCUUCAGUUGUGUUCAAAUCCUGCACACAAAGAUGCAGUUUUGAAAUAUGAGGACUACAGAGGAAGGAAAUUAAUUCAUUAUGCGGCUACUUUUGGUUCCCUUGGAUUAUUGAAAUCGUUAGUUGACUUGGGUGCAGAUCUAAAAUCUACAACAAAAGACUUUGAUAAUGUUCAAUUUAUAUUACAUAUAGCCUGUGAAAACGGUAAGUUGGACAUUGUAGAUUACAUACUCCAGACCGAGCGAGACAUCUCUUUCAGAAACACUUUACCUAAAGAUUACUCUGGAAAAAAUUGUAAGAGUGCAUUCUAUUAUGCAGCAAAAUCAGGAUGCGAAGAAAUAGUGCGACGUUUAAAAACUGCUGGAUUGGACAUAAAUGAACUUUUCCCUAAUAAGAAAACAGCACUAUAUACCCUGAUAGUAGAAAAUGAAUAUACAGGAGCUGAUAUUUUGUGUCGAUGCGGAGCCAACCCAAGCAUCGGGAUUAUGGGCAGAGGAUUGCAAUCUAUUCAUUAUCUGGCCGAACGAAAAGAGGGCAAUACAUUUCUGCCAUUACUUCUGAAAUACGGAGCAAACGUUAACGAACCAUUGGAUAUAAAACCGUACGGUCAACAGCCUCUUUUCAUUGCAUUGAAACAAGGUAUGGAAGGAAAUGCAAAAAUACUUUUAGAGGCUGGAGCGAAUGUGUCAUUUCGUGGAAAACCAUCUGACAAAGCAAUUGGAUGGAUAGGCUGCUUUUGUUUUGCAGCUAUGAAAUGUCCAUCCCUUAUUCCAGAUUUUUUGAAGUACAGAGCAGACCCAAAUGAAGUACACGAACAAAGCGGUAAAUCUGUACUGCUUAUUGCUAUGGACAAUAAGGCCAGUAAGGAUGACAUAAUAGCUUUGAUCAAGGCUGGAGCUAGUAAAGGGAGACUCGGUAAAACGGCCAUACAAUGCUGUAAAUCAUACGGUCAGCUGUACUUAUUCCGCAAAGCAGGUAUUUCUGUAAAUACAAUCGAAGUACAACACAAGGUGUCAACACUAGGAUUGCUGCUAAAUAAUACUGCAAACACCACUUCUUUACAAAUAUCACAGAUCGUUACAGAAUUAUUAUCAGAAGGAGCCAAUCCGAACAUGGUACCACAGGGAGAAGAUUCACCUCUGAUUAUAUCUGUAAGGAAACAAAUGUUAGAUGUUGUAGAUAUGCUGAUAAAGCACAAAGCCAACGUGAACCACAUUGGGAAAAACGGAUACACUGCUAUCCAUGUUUGUUGUAAAAAUGUGCUUGAUGCCAGCACCAUGGAAAUUAGUGACAUACUGAUUGAGGCUGGAUCUGAUAUGAAUAAGCCUAAUGACGAAAAUGUCUAUCCGUUAGAGUCCUUACUGAAGUAUGACCCUGUUGAUAAUAGUUACUAUUCAGGCCGCAGUUUUCUAUCUGAUGUUUCAAGUGCUACUAUUGAAAGUUUUUUGUCGAAAAUGUUGGAAAAUGGCGUAGACCCAAACUGUAACAGAAACAGCAAGUCAUCUCCUCUUGUAAUUGCCUUAGAAAGAGGAUUGGGAAACGCUGUUACUCUUUUAAUUGAUAAAGGAGCGAAUGUCUUGUAUACAGAUGGAAAAGGUGAAACGCCUUUCAGCUGCUGCCUAAAAUUGACAUCUACAUAUAGAGAUGACAUUAUGAAAGCAUUGAUAGAUAAAGAAAUUCCUUUAAAUGGUGUAUGCAGUGACGGAGGAUAUCCAAUGACUCUUGUCCUAGAAAGGAAGUUUGACAACAGUGUUGUAGAAAUGAUGCUUAAAAAAGGGGCCAAUCCAAAUCGGGUUACACCUGGAAAAUCUUCUGCAUUGAUGCUAGCUAUAGCAGACGACCGUUUCAAGGUGUCAUGUGAUCUUAUGAAAGCCGGUGCUGACGUAAACUUUACAAAUGAUAUCGGAGAAACUGUAUUUGGCCUUUUUGCAUUGAAGGUAAAGGAAAUUCUAGGAAAACAGCAUCUUGAUAAAUCUCGAAGAUCUGAAAUUACAAAUAACGAGUGGAAAACUACUGUCUUUAAAAGCUUCAUAGAGUUUGGUGUUGAGAUAGAUAAACCAACGAAAUCUAACAUUCAUCCGCUGUUGGUAGCAGUAUGGCUUUGUAAUGAGGAAAUAGUAAACACGAUAUUAGAGAGAGGUACAACUGUUGAUGAUGAUCGGUUUGUUGCAAUCUUAAUAGAAGCUAUAAGAUGUGAUCAGACUGAGAUAGUUAAACUGAUGCUCAAAUCAAGGCCUUGUGUGAACCACAAAAUAGCACUCAAAAGAAAAAAAGCACCUGUUGAUGGAUGUUCCAGUGAAAAAAACAAGAAGAUUUCUUCAUCGUCAUCUGUUGUAUCGGAAAGCCCUUCUAGUUCCAUAAAGGAUACGGUUCUAACACUAGUUUUAAGAGACAUGCCAGAAUUGUCAAUCGAUCAGAAAGAGCAAUUUGUUAAUCUUCUUCUUGAAUAUAAAGCCGAUCCAAAUAUGGUUGAAGAUGGUAGACAUUCGCCUCUGUUGCUAGCAGUAAUCAUUGGAGCGCCAAGAAUUGUAAAGGCAUUAUUGGAUUCAAAAGCCGAUGUAAAUCAUAAAGGGAUGCACAAUUACACACCACUGCAUAUACAUUUGUUAGUUUUGAAAAAUAAAGAUAAGAAAAACACACUCAUAGCAAACAAAUCCAACGACCAAUAUUUAAUCCUGGACAUAUUGAUGCAGGCAGGAGCAGCAUUGGAGACGAAAACGGUACACGGAGAUAUGCCAAUACACAUAGCACUUAGAUACAGACUCAGAAACAACGAGAAAUAUCUUGAUAAUAUUCGUACUCUAUUAAAGUACAGCACAGAUUUAAACUUCCAAGAUGGACAGAAAACUUAUCCACUAAAUGUUGCUGCCAAAUGCUGUACUUGUGAUAUUAUAAUUAAUAUGAUGUCUCUCGGGGCUGAUAUCGCGUCAACAGACAGUGAUGGCAAUUCUGCUCUACACUGUCACAUAGAUGCUAAAUCAUUUGAUAAAGACGUAGUGUCAGCAUUGUUGAAAUCUGGCGCUGAAAUGAAUGCAAUCAAUAAUAUUGGAGAAACGGUGUUGAUGCGUCACAUAAGGAAUGAUAAUCAAACCUCAACUCCAGACACGGUCCAGUUUUUGCUAGAUAAUGGAGCUGAUCCAAAUAUGUGUGACAUAGAAGGCAAUUCUACGUUAAUGGAGGCAAUUAAUCACGACUUUUAUUCAGCUGUUAAAAUUUUGGUACAGCACAAAGCAAACAUUAACCACGUCGGAAAAGACGAAAACACAGCUUUACAUUUAUGUUUAUUGAAAGGACCUUUGAAGUAUGACAGUGCAAAAGAUAUGAAAUUGAACCCAAUAUGUCUCGAAAUGAUUGAAGAUGUGACAAAUACAGAAUCAGCUACUGAACACUUCAAACGAAAAAGAAGCUAUUUAAUGGAUAAUUCAAACAAAGUUGGCAACAUUUCGGACAUUUCAGGAGUUAAAAAGCGUAGAAUUGUACAUUGUUUAGGACGGAAUGAGCCACCAAAGAAAGCCCCAAAUCAAUCAUCUGAAACAAAUGAAAAAGAAACAAAUGAUAACGUAAAUCAAAACAAAGAAACUGAUGAAGAGAAUUCGGAACUUAUGAAGACCAUAGACUUUUUACUCUCGAAUAAAGCCAACGUAAACCACAACAAAGAAGGUUGUGACUCUCCCUUAAUAUUAGCAGUAAGAACGGAGAAUGUUGAAGUCGUAAAAAGAAUUCUAAAAGCAAAUCCAAAUAUGUUCUACCGCGGAAAAGACCACUUGAACGCCAUUGAGAUUUGCUUGACAGUUGCUGAUGAUUUGCAUGUCACAACGAUGGGACCUGCUUUUUCGAAAGAUGGAGUCUUGGGCAUGUUAGCAAACAGGAGACUGGAAUGCCUGAACGAGUUAGUUAAACAUGCAGAUUUUGGGAAAAGAAAGGAACAUAUAUUUUACGAGUUAUUUAAAUUUUUACGUCGCUUUUUUAAGUUUGAUGAAACAUUAAUUACUAAUAUUUGUUCACGAAUACUUGACUCUGAACAUACGAUCAAUGUUAACUUUGCGAAAAAUGAAGAGGAUUCGCCUCUCAUUUUUUUUUGCAAAAGAAGAAAUGUAGCUGUGGUUGAAAAGCUGCUUGGUUGCAAUGCUGAUGUGAAUCAUGCUGGAAUAGGAGGAGCGACUGUUUUGCACCAUGUUAUUGAAAUACAAGAUAAGGCCACAGCUAUGUCCAUGCUAAACUGCCUUCUGAUUGUCAAUCCUUUGCUGGACAGGAAGGAUGUUAAAGGUCAAACAGCUUUGGAAAAGGCCAUUUAUGUUUUUGACAACAAUACAAACAGUUAUAUAAAUGAGAAUGAUGCAAGAAACAACGUUUUAUUGACUUUGAUAAAAAGACUUUUAGAUGCCGGUGCAGUUACUGAUCAUGAAAAAUUAGGAAAUGUUUUAAUGAAAUGUGCACAAAAAGGAGAUUUCAAAACAAUGGAGAUUCUUAUUUGCCAUGGAGCUGGCUUGGAUUAUAGAAAUGUUUUUGGGCAGACGGUCCUACAUGUAUGUUGGUCAGAAUCGUUGAAUGGUGCACUGGAUUUUCUCAAAUGCUAUGUCCAGAAGGGAGGCGUUCUUCACAAUAAGGAUAGAAAUGGUAAUUUACCGCUUACAUCCUUAUUGAUAGCGAAAUGUAACAACGAAAGCGCAGACACUGUUGAAAUAGCCGAAAUUUUCCAGUUCAUGAUAAAAAGCUCUAUCAAAUCUAUCGACGACGGAGAUAAUCCUUUUCUUUUACAUACUGCUGUCAGACAUGGUUUAAUCAGAACAGCAAGUGCUAUACUUGAUGCCACGGAAAGUGCAACUGUCGAAAACAAAGCACAUGAAACACCACUUUAUUUAGCAACGACUAGAUGCAACUGCAAAGAAUUAAUCGAUCUUUUGUUGAGGAAUGGAGCUGACCCUAACCAACACACAAGCUUUAAAAUACCCAUUGUUUCAGCUGUUAAACAAUGCGAUGUAUCAGCAGUUUCUACACUCAUAAAGGCAGGGGCAUCCAUCAAUGUAAAAGAUCAAUAUGGUAGAUCACUUCUACAUGUAUUGUAUUCAGAUAUAUCAACAAAAGGCUUAUAUCUUAUGACAAAGUUGCUGCUUGAAAAUGGUAUAAAUGUAAACGCAACAGAUAAGGUCGGAAGAUCUGCUUUAUUUACGUUAUUCCAAUAUGGAUCAGAAGAAAGUAUCUUUCCUUCAUCAUCAAAUAAAAAUCAAAAAAAUGUUUUGCAUUCUAAAGAAACAAGGGAAGAUAUGAUUCCUGUGUUAGUUGGUAAUGGCUUGAAUGUUAAUUUAGUUGAUAAGUCUGACAUUUCCGCACUAGAUGGAGUAUGCAGUUCAGGAAUGAAUCUAAAAGCUGGAAUCGCGCUUCUUAAUGCAGGAGCAAACCCAAGAAACAAUUGCAUAGAACAAGCAAUUGCAAAUUUUCCUGUGAAAAACCCAGUGUGGGUAGAAUUCAUUGAUUUGCUUCUCCAAAAAGGUUGUGAUCCUAAUAAAAUCAAUGGUGAUACAUCGAAUCUGAUAUAUGUGGUAUUAACAGGAUUGAGAUGCUUGGUAGAAUCGCUCCUUAAACACGGAUCAGACGUUAACUUUUGUGACUCAAGAAACAAGACAGCUUUACAUUUUGCCUGUGAAUUAGAUUGGUCAAACUGCCGGGAUGAUAUUGUUCAACUUCUAAUUAAGAACGGGGCUAAUUUGAAUAUUCAGACUACAUCUGGAAAAAGGCCAGUAGAUAUUUUAGUGACCAAAAUGGUGAAGGAAGUCGGAUAUCAUACAGUGUCAGGUGUAACAAAGCGUGUCAUUCAAACAGAAAUUGAUUUGUCAUCAUUGAAUCGUCUUGUCUGUGGAGGAGCACAAUUAUGUUCUAUUAAAACAACUGACAGUCUAGAUAUAGAAAGAAGAAACAGAGUCUCGGUUCAGGACACAAAAUUAACAGAGUCUUCAGGCUUGCAGAAUUUAAUAAAAAAUGGAUUUUUCAAGGCUGCAGAGUGUCUUAUCAGAUGUGGAUGGGAACUUGAAAAGGAGAAAUGGUUUGAAAAUUUUGAUUUUAAAUCAUUGAAUUUAUCAAAUAUAGACAAAGCAGGUAAAAGUUACAAGAUAAUAGGAAAGGAGAAUGCUAAAUCCGAAUUGCAGACCUUAAUCAAGAGUUCGCAGUCGGUUCUUAAGUCUUUAGCACAUCGUUGUAGAGAUGUUAUUAGAAGGCAGCUUGUGAAGGCGUCAGCUGGAUCGGACAUGGAAUCAAAAAUAGAAGUACUCCCAGUACCUACAACGAUCAAAUCCUACCUGAAGUUUGUUGAUUACUGUCACAAUACAGAAGUAUUUCAGCUGAAAAAUAUUACAAGGUUUAAGUAUCUGUUUUUUUUAAUAAGGUUGCAAUAAAUAUCCACAAAACCGUUAUUCUACAAAAUUGAACCUACAUAAAAUAAAUUUAUAUCAGUUCUUCAAUUUCAAAACGCUGUUGUGGAUGUCGUCCAGUUCGAAAUUAUUUGAAGGCUACUUUGUGGUUCUAGUCUAAAGUUCGUCAAAUAUAAACGAGAAUUAAUCAAAUUGCGCUAGGAUGUUUGAAAACCUUUUGUUUAUCCUUAUAAUUAUUGGUCUAGCUACAGAAAUGGUCUUUAUGUUGUAUGAAGUCCUUGAUGUUAAGUAUAUAAACUCAUUAAAGAAAGAUGAAAAUUGUGUGUACCUUACGCAUGUGUUGUCCGUAACAGAUUUAUCAUGACGUGUUAAUCACAAACGUAAGGUUAAGGUUUCACUAAUGUGACCUAUAUCCCGGAUUUGUAAUAACAUAAGCAACACAACGGUUGCAACAUGUUUAGGAUCUGCUUACCAUUCCGGAUCACCUGGGAUCACCCACAGUUUUUGGUGGGGUUCGUGAUGCUUAGUCUUCAUGUAUUGUGUACUAUUAGAUUGUCAGUUUAUUUUCAAUCCCUGAGUUUGACUCUCUCUGUGUUAAUAUCUUUCGCCCCUCUUUUAAAAAAGAAAAAUAAAGCAUUUGAUUGUAUAGCUUUGAGGAACAUAAAUUUCAGAAAAGUUUCUCAAAAUGCAGAUAAAAAGUAUAUUGAUUAUAGGUUUAAAAUUCGGUAAGAUUACAGUGAAUUUAAAAUUUUAUUACAGUGAAUUUAAAGCUACGACCAUUUAAAUUAUAAUUCAUGUUCACAACGGAGUGUUUACUACUAGAAAGCCUUGAUCAGCAGUGCCAUUGACCCAGUGGUUGUAAUUUAAUUCCUCAAUAUAACAUAUAUUAGUCAUAAUAUGAUAGUUAAAUGUGUUGAAAGAAUAUGUGUUUUGCUUUAAAAAAAAAGAUCUAGGGAGGUUACAAAUAUUGUAAAAGUGUGCAGGAAAAUAAAGGAUAUUCAAUGACUAUUAAAUACUAAAUAAUAUUGCCAAUGUGCACAAGCAUUCGAUUAAAUCAAUCUUUAUUUUAUUUUUAGAAAUAGAUAGGAUUAUGGAAUUAUUUACUAUUAACUAUUUGCAGUCAAAAUUCCAUAAUCCGUUUUAUGUUCCAACCUGCUCUUUCGACAUGAACUUAGAUGAUGGAGGAAUAUCUAAUGAGCCAGAUUAUUAUGCUGAAUCAGAUGACAACUAUGUUUACAGAUGAUUAUGAUGGCAAUCAUUCCGAUGAUGAAUAUUCUUUUUAAAACUGAGAUAACAGAAAAAGUUAUGAAACCAUUUUUAUGUGAUUUUGGGAGUUUUUGAAUGGAAAUAAAUGAAUCUAGAUAAAUAAAUAAUGUGCAUUAGACAA